GUUGCUCUCCGGUGUGUCAGCCUCAGCCAUUGGCUUCAGAGACCUCCCUCCGUAACAACACAGACGCACAGCGCGCACAGUGCUUUCGAGGAGCGACGGUGAGAUGUUGGAGAAACUGCGGUCUACCGACUCCUUUCUUUCCAUCGGCGAGGAGCGCAGGGAAGCCUCUGCGAUGCGCUCAAGCGGGCACGCGUCGGAGUUGAAAUAAGGGAAACACGGGGGGUCUUAAACAAAAAGGGAGAGGGGGCGAUAUUCUUGCAAGGAUGACUGACUGGUGACAAAGAAAACGGGGAGCCCUUCUGGCUUGGGUUGUCUUCCGCUAGAACUUGACGGAAGGCGUUUUGGGGGAUCGGCUUGGAAGAUUUGUCUAUCAUCAUAUUUAUUGGAGGGGGAACCAUGCCUGUCAGGAGGGGUCAUGUUGCGCCACAAAACACGUUUUUGGGAGUAAUAAUUCGCAAAUUCGAAGGACAAAGUAAGAAAUUCAUCAUAGCCAAUGCCCGGGUGCAGAACUGUGCUAUCAUCUACUGUAAUGACGGCUUCUGCGAGAUGACAGGCUUCUCCAGGGCGGACGUCAUGCAGAAGCCGUGCACCUGUGACUUCCUGCAUGGAGAGUUCACCACCCGGCACUCGCAGGCUCAGGUAGCCCAGGCUCUCAUGGGAUCAGAGGAGCGCAAGGUAGAGAUCACCUACCACCGCAAGGAUGCCGAGGCGGAGAGGCGAGAAAGACCUCUAAGCCUCUGUGUAACUCUAGAGAUGGAGCUAUGGACGCUGUCUGGCAGCUGUAAGAGGAUCCCCAUGAUCUGCCUCCAGUGA